AUGUCACAAGUUAAAGCUAAGAGAAUAGCACCAUCUGUUGUGAAUACACCAGUCACUGUCCACUUGUUGGGCUCAAAAGCGUUGGAUAAAGAGGAAACUGAAAGAUUCUUAACAAAAUUCAUAGAUGGUGAAGAAACCAGAUCAAAUGCUAAAUUAUUAAACAGUUCAGGUGCUACUGCAUCCACUGCUGGUGCAUCUGUGUCCCAAUUGAAAAGAAUACAAAGAGAUUUAAGAGGAUUGCCUCCUUUAGAAGCUGUCAAUACCACCACCACAAGUAAUAAUACCAUCGCACCACCUAAAGGUAAAGCUACCCCAAAGAAAAUCACAUUUGAUGAUGAACCAGUUCCAGAAGUUAAAAAGGAAGAACAAGUGAAAGAAGAAGAAGAACAAAGUAGUAUACCAGAAAAUGAAGAUUUAGAAAUCAAAGAUGCUGAUGAAGAAUCAGAAACUGAAGUUAAAACUGAAAAAAUAAGUAAAGAAGAGAAAAAACGUCUUAAAAGAGAAGCAAAAGAAGCUAAAAAGGCUAGUAAAAAGGUGAAACUUGAGAAAUAG